AUGAGAGCCUUCAAUGCCUUUAGAAAAAGAGCAACUGAAUUCAGACUUAUGACAAUUAUAGGAAUAUCUUUUUCGUUUAUAUGUAAUUCUUCAUUCACCUAUUCAACAAGUAACUCCUCAAGUGAGAAUGAAUUCAACGUAGAUUCUUUUUUAGACUUACUCGCAUAUAGCGAUACUGAAGCUGAACAGAGACCACCUCAACUGCAACCUGACCAGCAUGGCAAUCACAACAAAGCAGAUGCUAAGCAUAAUAUUAUGAUGAAUAAGCACACUACAAACAAAAUGACAGGAAGCAAGAUACGAACAAAAGUUGCUGAAGACGGCUUGAGUAGAUGGCAAAGAUACCGUCUAGAGCACAAAGAUAGGAAAGGUCCAGCAAUAAUUGGUGAAGAUGGUUUGAACAGAUGGCAACGAUACCGUCUUAAACGAAAGAGUAGAGGGCUUGAUGAAAAAGAGAAACAUAGAGAAAGGGAUAUAAAGUAUAGAAAAAGUGUUCAAGAAAAAAUGAUGCAGGAUUCAAGUUUUGCUCAAGAAUAUAAAAAACAACGAAGUAAAAGGAACAAAAGCAAUUACGAAAGAACUAAAAAUGAUCCACAAAGGCAUGCUAGACGAAAAAAGCAAUCCCGUUUAGCAGCAGCAAGAUAUCGCGCGAAAAAAAAGGAACAAAAAGAGGCAACUAAGAACUUUGUGAGAACGACAAUGAUAGCAGCCGUUUAUACAGCCUUCUACGUCCCGGUGUUGCGAUUUUGCUUCGUAUACCUGUGCUUUUUGGCAAGCGUGAUAAAAAGUACCUCCUCUGACCAAUCCGACUUCAACGUAGAUUCCUUACUCAAUCUAUCACCCUCUGACGACUCAGUCACGAAUGAAAGCAACCGUGCAAUCACCCGCAUGGAUUGUGUCCACGUCCCACAAGAAUCCUUGCCUGGAAAGAAGGCGGCUCAAAUAUCAACCAAGUGUAUCGUUAGCCAGACAGAAAACAAAGUACCACACAAACGAAAGAGAAAAAAUCCACCGAUCACAGAAGAAUCCCGAAUGAAGCGUCGUGAAAGAAGGAAGCGAUAUGAGGAAAGAUUACAAAACAGACCUGAAGCUUUAGCCAUGCAGAAAAAGCGAAAGCGUGAUAAUAAUAUCAAACAUUAUCAAAAAAUCAAGAGUGAUCCCAAGGAAGAAGAAAACAAAUCGCAUGCCUCGUACCUUUUCUCAAAACCCAUCAUCCAUCUCAAAAUCCCCAAGAAGGAUGCCAAGUUCCCCUCGGAGAUCACGACCUUUCCCGCCAAUAGAGCAACUGAGAAUGAAGGCAUAGAUCUGCGGCUUACUCUGGCCACUCCCAGUCAGAAUGCAUCAAAUCAGUUGAGUGUACAGCCAACUAAUGCUCAGCAAGAAGAACAGCUAAAUGCAGAUAAACACAUCGAAGGAGAUCAGCCCCAGAAUGUUGAACCUAGGCGUCUGCAGAGGAAAAAACGAACAAAAGCAGAAAUGGCGUGCUUAGAUAGAGCAGAGUUGAGGAAAAAACAGUAUCGUGCAGCAAAUGAACGUUUUAUGGAAAGAGUAAAGAACGACCCAAAACUUCUUGCUUACUUCAACAGUCGAAAAAGGCGCAAUGCUGCCAAUCGAUUAGAGAUGAUUAAAAAAGAUCCUCAAAAGUCAGCUGCCCUUAGAGCAAAGUAUAAAAGUGUCUAUGAUAAGCGCAAGAAGAGAAAACUUAUGAAGGAGAAGUCACAAGAAGGAGAUGCAUAG